CAGCACUAGCACCACCACCACCACCAGCACUAGCACCACCAGCACCAACAGCACCACCACCACCGCCAACACCACCACCACCACCACCACCACUACUACUACUAACACCACCACUACUACUACUAACACCACCACCACCACUAUCACCACCAGUACCAGCAGUGUCACCGUCAUUUUUUUCUCAUAG